AUGGCAAGCGAUGUGGUCCACGCAGGUCCCCAGGGUCAGCAGGAACGUGGGCCAAGCCUCAGCCUGACUCAUGGUUUAAAGGAGCACCAGGCUGCCGGGCCGGCGGGGGGAGGGGGGGGCAAGCUGGUUGGGGAGCACGUGGGCGCGGACGCGGCGCUGGGCGAGGCGGGGCUGAGCUUCACGACCACCGACCUGAGCCUGGUGGAGAUGACGGAGAUCGAGUACACGCAGCUGCAGCACAUCCUCUACUCGCACAUGGAGGCGGCCGCGGCCGACGGCGAGCUCGAGACGCGCCUCAACUCGGCCUUCCUGGCGGCGGCGGCGCCGGGCGCGGCGGCGGCGGGGGGCUUCGCGGCGUCCGGGGCCGCGGCGUCCGGGGCCGCGCCGCCAGUGUACCCCGUGCUGUGCCCGCCCGCGCUGGCCGACGGCGGCUUCACGGGCGCCAACCAGUGCCUGGGCCACAUCGACUUCCAGGAGCUGCGCAUGAUGCUGCUGAGCGAGGCUGGCGCGCCCCCCGCCAACGCCGCCGAGAAGACGCCGGGCGCCGACGGCCCUGGGCCGGGCGCAGCGAGGCCCAAGGCGUCCGACGGCGCCGGCAAGGAGAACGCGGAGGGCGCGCCCGAGGCGCGGGCCAAGUCGGCCGUGCGCGUCCGCCUGGAGGACCGCUUCAACAGCAUUCCUGCCGAGCCCCAGCCCGCGCCGCGCGGCGCCGAGCCCUCCGAGCCAGGCGUGGCGCUCAACAAUCUGGUGACCCUUAUUCGACAUCCAUCCGAAUUAAUGAACGUGCCUCUUCAGCAACAAAACAAAUGUACAACCUUAGUGAAGAAUAAGACCGCAGCUGCCACUACCGCCCUGCAGUUCACCUACCCGCUGUUCACCACCAAUGCCUGUACCAGCGGCUCGGGCACCAGUCUCCCACAGACACAGAGUUCUAGUAACUCGUGUUCAAUCCUCGAUGCUGCCAAGCACCAGGAUAUCGGAUUGCCUAGAGCAUUUUCUUUCUGUUAUCAGCAAGAAAUUGAAUCCACUAAGCAGACUUUAGGCAAUAGAAACAGAGCUUUGCCUGAGCAGGUGUGGAUUAAAGUGGGAGAAGAAGCGCUCUGCAAGCAAGCGAUAAAUAAGAGGAAUCGGGGCAGAAUGCGCCCGUUGGACUCGAGUGUAGAGCGAAGAGCCCUUGGAGAGAUUCAGAAUGUGGGUGAGGGCACUGCUGCCGCCCAGGGCACCUGGCAGUCGGCGGAGUCUGCGCAGUCACACCUCGGGGAGCAGGCCCAAAGCGGGCCCCCGGGGGGCAGGUCUCAGCGCAGGGAAAGGCACAACCGCAUGGAGAGAGACAGAAGGCGCAGAAUCCGCAUUUGUUGCGAUGAGCUGAACCUCUUAGUCCCAUUCUGUAACGCUGAGACUGAUAAGGCGACGACUCUUCAGUGGACCACAGCGUUCCUGAAAUACAUUCAGGAAAGACACGGAGACUCUCUUAAGAAGGAAUUUGAGAGUGUAUUUUGUGGUAAAACUGGCAGAAGGCUAAAGUUGACCAGACCAGACUCCUUGGUGACGUGCCCCACACAGGAGAGUCUACAGAGCAGUCCAGCCAUGGAGAUGAAGUGACUGGAACUGAACCCUGAUUCCUGGGAAGCAGACGGCCAUUCCUUCCGGCCCAGAAACAUUUGCACAGCCCUGGGUCUCUGCUCUGGACAGUCUACUGUAACAGGACAUGACUCAAGUUGAUGGGACUCCAGUGGGGACUUUGAAAGCACAUUUUGUAAAAAUAUUUAGAACAAAAUACUUAUCCAUUAAUGUCCUCUUAGACCGUUGAGGAUGAAGACAUCUUGACAAUUAGUAAGUACUUUUUCAAUUAUCUGUCUGAUUCCAUCAUGUUUUCUUAACAUGAUAACUUUAAAAAUUAACAUCUCUUGUAAUUUGUUUAGUCAUACAAGAUACAUUGCUUUUUACGUAUUUUAUUUACAUUUUAAACAUGCCCCCUUAGCAACUGGAACAAGUUAAAUUAUUCUUCACUAUAAGCAGUUUGGAAAUUUAUUUCAUUAGUUUAUCGACUCCCCUUGUAAUGACAUCCGGUCGGUCGCAUAGUACUGUAUUCCAAAAUGCAGUCCUAUUUAAACCUUUUUACUAGAAAUUUGCCAGUGAUGCCCUUUACAGGAUGUCCCUACUUUUGUCCAUAAAUGAUAUUUUGUCACGGUAGGUUGCUCGGUGCCCACACUUUCAUAUUGAGAGUCAUUAUUUUUUGUGGAAUUGGAAUAAACUGUAGUGUUUGGAACAGA